AUGGCCAUGCUCGGCCGGAUGAUACUACCGCGACAACGUCCGAGGCACGCACGACAGGAAGAGAACAGGCCGCAUCGGCCGAGAAAUAUCGGAACGGACCGACCGUACCGGUCGAUCCGGGAAGCAAACGCUCCCUCGGCCGAUUUCGUUCGACCGAGAACUUUGGCCGACCAAAUCGCACGAUCGACGAAAACUGCCAUCGGCCCAAAUCUCUCGGCCAAGUCCAAGCUGGACAAGCUUAACAGAGGUGCUGGAACCUACGACUCGGCUCCCAUCCGGCCACACGGAAGCUCGACUACAAUCCAGAAGGUAGUCAAUCUUGGUCGUAAGCUUUUUAAACGGACAUUUUCUUCUAAGCCAGUAGUCAAAGAUGAGUUUUACUUCAGCAUGUUAUUGAGGAAAAACACACCCUCCUUGUCUGAUGCACACAAAUUAGAAAGGAAGGCGGAAGACGAAAAGAAUCUUGGGAACGGAGCUCGUGGUAAGGCUGACGAUUUGAUGGCGAAAGCAUCCACUCUCCCGCCAGGACACGAACAAGAUCGUUGA